UACGUCGCCAUGUCCUACGCCUGGGGCCGCCCACCGCAACCGAUGGUCGAGAUCCUCGUCAACGGAAAUCGAAUGAUGGUUGGGAAAAAUCUGGAGGCUGGUUUCCGCCGUUUCCGGGCCAUGGACUACUUCCGGCUCGGCGGAAAGCUCUGGGCUGAUGCCGUUUGCAUCAACCAGAGGGAUCUCGCCGAGAAACAGGAGCAGGUGCCCUUGAUGGCCUCCAUCUACCGCCACGCUGGGAAUGUCAUCGUGUGGCUGGGCCCCGAGGCCGACGACAGCGACCAGGUGAUAUCACUCCUCGAGUCUUUGGGAACCACGUACCGAGCCGAGUACUACGAGCUGCUGGAUGCGGAAGACGCGCUCGACGUCGAGGACAGUGCGCUCCAUACCAUGGCUGAGAAGCUGUACCACUUCUUCGACCGCCCGUACUGGAGGCGUGUCUGGAUCAUCCAGGAGAUCUGCAUGGGCCGCGGCGGCAUGCCGAUUGUCUGCGGCCAGCGGGUAACGCAAUGGCGGCAUAUCCGCGAUGGGCUUCUCCGGUUAACGUCGAUGCUGGACAUCCUCGAACACGCCAUGUGGGAAGUGCUGGGGUCCAGGAUACAGCCCCUGGAGCACUCUCUUCUCCACGUGGCGCAGAUUGCCCAGUUGGAAAUCACAGCCAUCGACGCAGCGUGGCUCCGGUGCCGCCCAACCAGCUCACCCUGGUGGUUCCCGCCGUCUUCUCGGAAGGCCCACUGUUGGGCGGCGCCCUCAGCCGAGCGAUUGUUCUCGCCUCGCAGGCGUUGUUCUCAGUGCCCCACGACCAAAUCUACCGCAUGCUCAGCGUCUCCGGCGUGCCUGAUCUAG